CAGAUCGCAUCUUCGAUGAGGGGCAGUGCGUGGUCAAUUCCGGUCAGAGUCUGAGGUCCUAAAACUACUCGACAGAUUCGACUGUAAACGAAACGGAACAUGAGUUCCUCGAACGAACAUCCUGAAAAUGGAAGACCUGCUAAAAGCCGUUUCACAUUCCAGAAUGCUAUCUUCGUUAUCAAAUAUUCCAUAUUUCCCAUCGGUUGCUGGCCCUUACCAGCAAACGCAAGUGAAAAAGCUGUCCGAAUUUACAAAAUUUGGUGGUGGUUCACGGUAGUCCAUAUAUCGGUGGGUUCCUUCGGUUGGAUGUACAGCAUUUACGUGAACAGAGGGAACCUCGACGACGCUAUCAGAAUUACGACGGAAACGUCCGCAGUCUUGAUGGUACCCGUGAAAAUGUUGAUCUGUAAGAUGGAAGCACCCCGUCUUCAGGGUCUGAUCGAUGAGAUGGAAUCGUUUAUGAAGACCGCCGCUUCCAAGGAAUUGGAAUUGCUUCAAAGAUACGUCGACAGAUACAUAUUUUCUCACGCGAUUAUAUACUCUUUCACGGUAAUCGGUCCGAUCGCAUUCAUAUGUGGACCAAUCGUAACGCCGCAGCCUCUCCCAGGCGAAACUGCGUAUCCAUUUUCGAUAGAGCACCCGUCAAUUUUCAUAAGCUUGUGGGUCUCGCAUUUCAUCAUCGUCACCCAGAUCGGUAGUACUCUGGUUCUCAGCUUCAUGUACACGAUAUUAUUGUGGUACAACGGCGCCCGGUUCGAAUUGCUAUGCGCCGAGUUUCUGAAUGCAACCACCGAAGAAGAGAUGAAACGCUGCGUUAGGAAGCAUCACGAAUUACUGGAUUACUUUCACAGAUUGCGGGCCACGACACGUAUAAUGGCUCUGUUGGUUUUUACCCUCGCCAUUUUCGGCACCACUACGGCCGGCUUUGUGUUGACUCGCCAUCCUCCUCCGUUCGUGGUGGCUAAAUUCGUCAUCUACGAGUUUCACGCGGUGAUGCAACUCUUCCGAUACACUUGGCCAGCGAACAAUAUCAUCGAAAUGGGUCACAAUAUCGGUACUUCGGCGUACAACAGCCCAUGGAUUGGAAAAUCACCGAAAAUGCUCAAGAGCAUACUCCUCGUUCUGGAGAGGAGUAAGACUCCGCUGACGAUCGCUGUCAAUGGAAUACUUCCCGCUUUGUCUCUCGAACUUUCUGGAGCAGCACUGGCGGCUAGUUUUUCUUAUCUCACGACUUUACGAGCUAUGACCGAGAGCGAGGCAGAUCUCAGAAUGAAAAUUCAUCACGCGAGCGUGGUGAUCGGUGAUCACGAGAUGCAUGACUUUUCAGCCGUAUUUCCGACGGAUUGUAUAAAUUCGUUAUUGGCAGGUAGAAAAGUAACAGUUCGUAAAACUCAGUUCGUCCAUUGCUUGUCAUUUUGGCUGGACAAAGAAAACGCUAGUCCGAUUAUCUUGGACAUGAUACGAUUGACGUCUGUAUUUCACCCGUUGUGCGAGAUGGUUGAUUUACUUAUUAGCGCAUACCGAGCCAGAUCUGAUCCGGUCAGAUUGACCAAAGUUUUAUCGGACAUAGUACUCAAGUUCAAUUUGACGACAAAGAUCUCCGCGUCUCAGAGACGACAGACCCAGUUUUCGAUGAAGAUGAGGCCGAACAUUCAUCAGGUCAUGUGGUGCACGCGGCUGAGCGUGGCGACAAUUUUGUGCUGGCCACCGCCGUUGGGUUCCAAAGAUUCGGUGAUGCGGAGGCACAACUUGUACUGGUGGAUAGUAUUCUGCACGGUCUCCACCAAUAUUUCAACGUUCAUUUACGGAAUCGUUGAUAAUCUCGACGAUAUUGUAUUUGCGAUCAAACUUUACACCGAAAUGUGCGCUAUGACAUCCGUGCUGGUGAAAAUGGCGCUUUGCAAGAAGCACCUGGCGACCAUUCAGAUUCUGUUCGCGGAUUUGGAAAAAUUUCUCAAAGUAGCUACCGCGAAAGAGCACGAAUUAAUUCAGAGUUACGUAGACAAAUGCCUGAUAAUUCACGCGAGCACUCUUGUGUGCGGUAUCGUUGGUUUCACGACGUUCGAAAUAGCACCGUUUGUAACUUCUCAGAACCUACCUGGCGACACAACCUUUCCAUUCGAGAUAAAUUCGUUCUGGUUAUGGGCCAGUUUGUUCAUCCUGCAAAGUUUCAGCACCUUCGCAGUUAUCUGUAUGGUAAACGUUGACUUGAUGUUUGCGAUUCUACUCUGGUACGCCGGCGCUAGGAUGGACAUGCUUUCCCAGGAAUUGGAGAACGCAUUCAACGCCGAUGACAUCAAGUACUGCGUAGAGAAACACCAGGAAUUGACAGUGUACGUCGAACUGCUGACGAACGCGGUCCGUUACAUAGCCGUGUGCGUGAAUUUCAUGGCGCUUUCAGCAGCCAUUACCGGAGGUUUCGUACUGAUUCGCCACCCCUCGAUGUUGGAACUACCGAAAUUUGGUCUACUCGUUGGGGUGGCAGCGACAGAAUUAUAUCUAUACGCUUGGCCAGCGGAUCAUUUGGCAGAUAUGUGCAGAAAAUUCGGAGAUGCGGCUUACCAUUGCGACUGGAUAGGCAAUACAGUUGGAAUGUGCCAAGACGUGAGAAUCAUAAUUCACAGAUCGCAAAACCCGUUCAUCAUAAAUUUGGAUGGCGUCCUUCCGCCUCUGUCGCUUCAGUAUUACGGAGCUUCCAUAUCGGCUGGAGUUUCUUACUUCACUACACUGCGCGCCGUGACGGCCGAAGAUGACUAGACGUGAUUAUACCGGACAAACAAAUCGAAUCCAAUUACAGAUACAUGUAUAUAAUGCAACGAUAUGACACUGUCUCUCU